UUGUUAGGAGCGAUGUUCAAAUAUCGACUUGUUACAUUUGGUGCAAUUUUCAUUCUUUUUAUCCUAAUCAUUUUACCUAUUGCACAAGCGUGGGAUAAUGUGGAUCAUGAGAUUUUUGAUCUAGUGGAUCAGAUUACAGGUCUCGAAGGAGAAGAUACAACAUUUUAUUCACUACUUGGAGUAGAACCAACAGCUACCGAAAAAGAAAUAGGCAGAGCAUACAGAAAAUUAUCACUAAUUCAUCAUCCAGAUAAAAAUCCUGACGAGCGCAGCCAACUAUUGUUUACCUUAUUAGGAUCAAUUACAACAAUACUUCGCAAUUCAGAAACUCGAGACCGUUAUAAUUUUUUUCUAAAAAAUGGUGUUCCAAAGUGGCGUGGAACAGGAUACUAUUAUAAUCGAUAUCGACCCGGUCUCACUGGAGUUAUCGUUGGUCUCGUCAUUUUGAGUUCAAUCCUGCAUUAUAUUGUAAUGUGGGUGAAUUUUUAUCAAGAAAAAAAACGAAUUAGAUACUUUAUACAAGAGGCCAGGGAAAUUGCUUGGGGAAAACGAAUGAAAAAGCAAAAUACUAGGAAGAGAGUUUAUGUAAAUGAAAAACCAUUCAUUGUUGAUAGUGAUAAUGUUAUGUUCCUCACAGAUGAGGGAGAUGAAUUUGUAUUAAGCGAAGAUGAAGUAUCCAAACCUAGUUUUGGUAGAUUAUACCCAGUUUUAAUUUGUCAAUCUGUUUUAGAUAAAUUAAUGACUACAAUGAGUCCUAAGAAAGAACGAGUUACUGAAGAAUCUGGUGAUGAUCAGGAGCCAUUUUCCAGUGAUGAUGAACGUAGUGAGACUGGUGACAACCCAAGGAGUCAAACACGUAGACAUAUAAUAAAAGAAAUGGGUUCAAUUUUAAGAUACUUUUGUCGUUAUAAUUCAAGUUUUUCAUGCAUUAACUUGUUAUCGCCAUUAAGACCAUUAAGAAAGUUUUCCCUAAUUUGCCGAUGUUUAUCGAAUCAUCAUCAAACCAUAAAAAGUUCACCCGAAUCUUUAAAGUUUUUUGAUCUUUCCAAUUUACCAUUCAAUACCGCGGAAUGUACACCAUUUUCACACGAAGAUUUCAUUCUUUUACCUAAUCAUUUCACUCCUUUUGAACAAGAAUUUCUUCUUGAUCAAUCUUUAAAAAAAUUGAAAAGAGUUUUUGGUAAACAAAUAGUCUACCAAGAUAGUCAUUUCGAUGAUGUUAUUCAGGGUUAUAGAGAAUGCCAAGCCUCUCAUUGGGGUGAUCAAAACGACAAAGUAAUAGAAAUUUUUAAUAAAAAGGUUUAUGAUUUUUUUCCGAGAACCGUUGAAUGGUUACCAGUUCAUGUCUUGGAUUUAUCCGAAACCGGUGGUAUUAAACCUCAUGUUGAUAACGUUGAUUAUUCUGGAAGCAUCGUUGCUGGAAUUUGUCUUAUGUCUCCAACAGUUAUGAUCUUUCGCCAUAAAGAUGACCAAAGUUGUAAUUUUUCUGUACUAUUGGAACCAGGAUGUCUUUAUAUUCAACGGGAUAAGGUUCGCUUUAACUUUACUCACGAGAUUCCUCAAGAUCUUGCUCAACAUGUAUUUAAAGGCCAGAUUAUUCCAAAGGGAAGAAGAAUCUCUUUAAUGUUCAGGGAUGUGAAAAAAACGAGCUAA